AGCGAGACGGUCGCGAGAGCUCGGGGAGCGCCUGCGCAGACGCGGACGUAAGGGUGUGAGGGCUCAUGUAGCAAGAACGAGGGUAUUUUCUCCUCUCUCCCCUCUAGACACCGAGCUCUGUUAACCCCUGCCCGCCGGCUUUCGAGGUUAGAGGGAGAAGGGGUUAUACAUUCAAGCUGUCCCCGGAAAACGAGCCCGAGGAGGUGUUGGGUCUCGCUUCCUGUCACACACACACCCGCCCCUGCACGUGGUCGGAGGCCGAGGUCGAGGAGCAGGAUGGCCGAGCCCGAGCGGCCGCCCAUGUCCCUUCCUGGGGGCCCCGCUGGAGGGGAGGGGGCCACCGAGUUGGGCCCGGACACGAACACAUUGGAGCCGGCGCCCUCCGCCGCCGUCUCCCCUGGAACAGAGGAACCCACCGGCGACGCCAAGAAAAAAAUUGAUGUUCUGCUAAAGGCUGUUGGAGAUACCCCUAUAAUGAAAACAAAGAAGUGGGCUGUGGAACGAACUCGAACCAUUCAGGGUCUCAUUGAUUUCAUCAAGAAAUUUCUUAAACUUGUGGCUUCUGAACAGUUGUUUAUAUAUGUGAAUCAGUCCUUUGCUCCUUCACCAGAUCAAGAAGUUGGAACACUCUAUGAGUGUUUUGGCAGUGAUGGUAAGCUGGUCCUGCAUUACUGCAAAUCUCAGGCAUGGGGAUGAGCAAAAGACUGUAAGAACCACUUGCUGCUUAGCAUUAACCUCCAGAAAGGAAGCAGAGCACUGAGAGACUUUGUGUCCAGAAACCUGUUGGAAAGAGAUGAAUGUGAUCUUCUCUCCAUUUACUUACAGAACACUCUGUGUAUAAGAGAAGUAUCUGAAACAGAGUGGAGUCCUCCUAAAUGUAACUUAAAUUAUUUGUCAUUCAAAUCAUUAUUACAAAGUUGACAGAAUAUACCCAUCUUGCUAGUGUUGCAAAAUGUCUUGGCUACUGUUUUCAUAAUGACAAUGUAUUCUUAAUUUUCCUUUCAUAAAAGGGAUUUUUUUAUGCUUGUUUGUAUGGGGAAAUCCAUUGUACUUUAGUUUCUCCAUUUGCUUGCAUGGGCCAAAAGAGGGAGGGGUAGAUGUUAUCUCUGUUUAUCUCCAUUGCCACAGUGAUACAGAUUUUUUGUAAUAACCUGUUAAUAAUAACAGACAUUUAGCCAACAAGUUGAGCAAGCAGUUUGGAUAGCUGCAAGACUACCUUAAAAUAUUUGUUGUGUAACAGGAACUCUUGACAUCAUAGAACUUUGCCAAAUUCUCUUCUUAUUCUCUUUCAUUAAACAUUAUUUGGGAUAGGUAGAUCAUCCAGAUCUUUUUAGCUUUAAUAUUUAAUCGUUAUUAAGUACAUGGUGAUUUAUUACUUCACCCACACAAUGCCAAAAAGACACUUUGUGUAUAACUAUAGCAACAUAUCUGAGUUAAACUUUUGGUUUUUUGCUAAGUUUGAUUCUGGAGUACUAUAAACACCCUCUGCCUCAUGUACUUGUGCUACUACUUAAAAUUUAAUUUUUCCAUUAAUUUAGACAUUUGAACUAACUAACAUUUUUCUUCACUGCCCAAGUCAUCCUGGCUCUUAGACCAGCUUUCAGGUCAUGACUAGGCUCCACUAUACCAUUUUGUCUGGUAUUAACAAUGCUCCUUCUAACAAAUGAAAUAAUAGAAUUUUCAGCAUUCCAACAAUAAAAAUACAGUAUUUUUUCAACUAACAUUCUAAUAAAUUGAACAAAAUUAUAUAUAUAU